GGGUCGACGAGGCGAAUACUAGGGAGAGGAAGAUCGUAGGCCUAGUUUCUCAUUUUUUGGUGCUCUGUUCAUUUUGCAGAAAUUUCAUCGUGCAGCUGAUAACGCAGUAAAAACCACGGCAGCUAGUUUAGCCCCUUGCGGGAAUUGAGAACGUCGGAUCUGCUUGGGGACCUCCGCCAUGGGCGACAGCAGAGAUUCGCGCAGCCCAGACAGCUCCUCGGUCUCUUCCCCGCCCUCCGCCCAGCGCUCGCCCCCAUUGGUGCCCUCGGCCGCCGCCAUGACAUCACUGCCACCCAUCACCUCCGCCGUCAACAGCCCCAUCAGCAGCAUGGGCUCGCCCUUCUCCGUCAUCAGCUCCUCACUAGGCUCGCCCUGUGUGCCCGGCACGCCCUCCGUAGGCUACGGCCCCAUCAGCAGCCCACAGAUGAGUGUGUACUCCAGGAGUUCAGAGAUAAACUCCACGGUGUCCAUGUCGGGGCUGCACACCGUCAGCAGUUCGGACGACGUGAAGCCCCCCUUCGGACUGAAGCCUCUGUCGUCCCACAGUCCCGGGCCCAUCGCGUCCCAGAAGCGCCUGUGUGCCAUCUGCGGGGAUCGCUCCUCUGGGAAGCACUAUGGAGUGUACAGCUGUGAAGGCUGUAAGGGCUUCUUUAAGCGCACUGUGAGGAAGGACCUGAGCUACACCUGCAGGGACAACAAGGACUGCCUGGUGGACAAGCGGCAGCGCAACCGCUGCCAGUACUGCCGCUACCAGAAGUGCCUGGCCAUGGGCAUGAAGAGGGAAGUGGUCCAAGAUGAACGACAGAGAUCGGUGCAGGAGGAGCGGCAGAGGAACAAGGAGCGGGACGGGGAGGUGGAGUCCACCAGCGCCGUCAACGAGGAGAUGCCGGUGGAGAAGAUCCUGGAGGCCGAGAUGGCCGUGGAGCAGAAGACGGAGCUGCACGCUGAUGGGAGCUCAGGGGCCAGCUCGCCCAACGAUCCGGUCACCAACAUCUGCCAGGCUGCGGAUAAGCAGCUCUUCACCCUGGUGGAGUGGGCCAAACGCAUCCCGCACUUCUCCGAGCUGGCCCUGGAUGACCAGGUCAUCCUGCUGCGUGCUGGCUGGAACGAGCUCCUGAUCGCCUCCUUCUCGCACCGCUCCAUCACUGUGAAGGACGGUAUCCUGCUGGCCACCGGCCUGCACGUCCACAGGAACAGCGCACACAGCGCUGGCGUGGGAGCCAUCUUCGACAGGGAGAGUGCGCACAGUGCUGAGGUUCGGGCCAUAUUUGACAGAGUGCUCACAGAGCUGGUCAGCAAGAUGAGAGACAUGCAGAUGGACAAGACAGAGCUGGGAUGCUUGAGAGCCAUUAUCCUCUUCAACCCAGACGCCAAAGGCUUAUCGAGCCCCAGCGAGGUGGAGCUUCUGAGGGAGAAGGUGUAUGCAUCCCUGGAGGCCUAUUGCAAACAGAGAUACCCCGAGCAGCAGGGCAGGUUUGCUAAGCUCCUCCUCCGACUUCCAGCCCUGCGUUCCAUUGGCCUGAAGUGCCUGGAGCACCUCUUCUUCUUCAAACUGAUUGGCGACACUCCCAUCGACACGUUCCUCAUGGAGAUGUUGGAGGCCCCCCAUCAGCUCACAUAGAGUGGGCGGGGUCUGGUAUCUGACAGGGUACCGCCCCUACACCACCCCACCGCCUCCACCACCCCACCGCCCCCCCCGACCCCAGUCCUGCACAGUGUCUGCUGGUUUCAGGUCUCCUCCCCCCUCCUCCUCGAUCUCCCAGGUUAAUACAAAGCUCCCACAGACACCUGUGCUGUCAAAACUAUCCGCUUCCUUUUUUAAAUACAUUUGUUACUCAGGAGGUGAUGUUAAAUGCAGCCAUAUGGAUUUUUUUUGUAUAUAUAGAGAAACAGUUGUGUCCCUCACUCACUGAGCAGCUCCCCUUGAGUAAGGACUGUACCUUUGUUUUACCGCUAGAUGGCGAUUAAAAAACAGGCAUGCCGUUAUUCUUGCCUUCAUUACUUUUGAGGCUGCUUGUACAAAGAAGUAGUUUUUGGUGUCUAGACUCCAUAAUCCAUUUUGAGGGGCCGGCCUGGUGAACCAAGUAGAAUGUUGUCAUCACCUUAUGAGUGUGUCAGUGUAACUAGAGCGUUACACAAGCCCACGCCUACUCGCACCAGAGGAGAGGGUAGGGUCCAUAUGUCGGAUGACACCGCUCACUGCUGUGGGGUGAAACACGUCACUGAUUGGCUCGGACGCGUAUCAUGGGGGCGGAUACCCCUUUUCUGCACCCCUUUGAUUGGCUCAGCAGAGCAGUCACUGGUCCUCCCAGUGAUAAUUGGUUUACUUUCAUUGUCUAAAAGAUGGGCCCAGCCUGGGGGGGGGGGCGGUUAAUGUUAACCUAGCUAUUUACUGCACUCAUAAAAUGAGUAGAUGUUGUGUUUGGACACUGAAGUCCAGAGCUGUGCUGUUGUUGGCCACCGGGGCAAGCACCCCUGUCUGUUUGGACCAACCAGAGCAAGAACCGGGGUCCAAUAGGCAAAGCACCACAGCCAUGUUUUGAACGGGGUCCGAAAAGGGGGAAAUUACUAAGCUAAAAUGUGCUCUGUACCCUCAAGCCCUGGACUACAUGUCCCAUCAUUCCCUGUGAGAAACGUUUUGUGGCAGCUCUGCCUGUUAAACAUAGCCCUAGUGUUUUUUUUCCUAUGUGAAGGGUAUGCAUUAUUUUAUAUACCCGCAAGGCUUUUUAGACAUGACCGUCUGUUACAGUCUGAAGAGAUGCCCGUUUGUGCUUUGUGUUUCUGGGCAGACAUUUAUCAAUCCCCACUUUCGCUGACUCUCCAGAUUCUCGCACAUUAAUCGCUAUUCGCUUCUUUCCAGUCGUGUCCGCUUUGUUGACUGGAAACUGCACUACCACGCCAACAGCAGGGCAGAUCCCAAGCAUCUACAGCGGAGAGUUACCAACGUUUCUGAACUCCAGGCCACCGGUGGAAUAUACCACCUUCCUGCCUGGCUCGGGGGUGGGGGGCUAAAACCUGACAGCACCAGGGUUAAGGGUGUCUGUGGAAAACCUGCCGAGAUGAGCAGAGGAAUUCAAGCCCGCUUCAUAGUUUUUUGGAAGCCCAAGGCCAUUGGGCUUAAACCAAUGGGCACACGCAUUGACCACCUCCUUCAGGAUAGGGAUAUGCUGAUCUAUGCAUAUUGUACAGCACGCACACACACACACACACACGCGCAUAUAAACACACUUGAAACCCACGUAAAGAAGGAGGAGCUUAUACGCAGCAGGCCACACACAGCUUACUGAUGGACAGCACUGAGGGGGUACAAUAGUGCAGGGCACACUGAUUUUGGGCAGGAUUAGGGGCCUUCCCAGGCCUAAACUGAGUUGGGCUUUCAUUUUCAGUUGUCCAGAAUUUUGUCAUGGUGGUUUGGUCCAGAUGGACCCAGUCUCCACCCUGUCCAGCAGGUGUGUUUGUGGUACCAUCUUGCUGCUUUGAGACUGAAACCGGACCAAGGCCCGCCCUGGUGACGCUGGUCCAGGGUUGGACCCUUCUGUGAUGGUGCUGGUCGGACAGACAGGGUUUGCAGCGUGGUGCCCCCUGUUGGAGCAUGCUCGGCUUGCGCAGAGCGUGACCGCGGCUGGGCAGCACUGUGAUAAAUGCCCACAAGGCUUUCAGGCCAUCCCAACAUUGGGAUAAGGCUGUUACAGGAGAGGACUCAGACAGGACAGCUUCGCGCAGCCUGUGUGCACUUGCUGCUACCACGCCAAAAGCACCACUGUUCUCUCUGAGCAUGUUGGACUGCUAGGCACCAAAACUGCCCAGGGUGGGGCCACUCUUUGAGUAUCUCCACAACAACAUGUAUCCGUUCACAGUUGCAGCUCUUUGUCCAUAUGGCAUUGCCAAGUUCAGACAACCAACCAAGCAGAGAACACUUACGAACAUUAAAAUACAUACACUGUACACAUUUUGUCUAUAGAUGGAGCAUAUUUUUUAAUGGGUUCCAUAAUACACAGCCAUGCAGUAUCAGAUGUUGAGUAUCAGUACUCAGGUGCUACACAGAAAGUACAGACACGCUGACGGACCCACACAUGUGCCUCUGCCGCACAGACGUGACCCGCACACACCUGGAGCGUACACCACACACUCAUACACCCGGCCCGGUCAGAGUGGGCAGCCACGCAGAUACCCUCGCUGCCCCGGGUCCCCUUUUUCAAUCCAAGCCCAGUGCGUGCUCGUGUGUGAGAUACCAGCUUAACUCUCCCUUUUUCCUGCACAGGCGUUCUUCGUUAGAGGGGUCUGUAGCCAGUCCUCUGUGUAGGGAAGUGAACACUCCUCCUGUAUGUAGUUUAUACAUAGAAUUUAUUGGGUACUGUGCAGACCUAACUGGGUGUUCCGGAAUAUUGUACAUACUGCAUAUUAUUAGGUACAGAUACUAAAAGAAUUCCAGUCGAGCGGUGCAUGUACGUUACAUACAUAGAUGUAUGUAUGUAGGUGAGCGUGUGUGUGUGUGUACAGUCCCUCUUUGUGUUGUAAAUGUUGAACGGAGAAGUGACGACCCGCUUACGAUUGGUCGGCGUGAGCUGUACCGACUGCAGGUUCCGGAACAGAAUGCAGGCAGUGCUGAGCAGGAUUGCAGGUUUUUUCUUUUUUCUUUCCUUUAUUUUUUUUUCAUUUUUUUUAAAUGAUCAACGAGCUUUCCACCUGAUUUCUUGCUCAGAGGCAGGUUUAUACCACUCUGCCGGCAGUGUUGACUUUUGGCUUCCUUUGUUUGAAUGUGCUUGACACCGCCCUUCCAAAAAAAAAAAAAAAAAAA